UCUCUCUCUCUCGCACAUUCUGUCGUGCUCAAUUCUCUCUCCCGCUCUCUCUCUCUCAUCCCAAGCAGCUGUUCGUUUGGAUCCCGAGAAAAGUUGCAGGAGAUUGAAGACAAGGAACCCAGUUCUUAGAACCGAAUAGAGCUGUUUGAGGUUAUAUCUCGAGCUGUUGCCACGAUUUUGUGCGGAUAAAGAUUGUGAAGAAAUGAAUCACUCGGUUUCUGAUCAGAGCUUUUACAUCGAGAGUGAUGAAGACGAGAAUAAGGAUUUCGAUCACGACGAAGAUGGAAGUCAUUCUGAUUCAUCUGAGGCUUACGAUGAAAACCAGCAACAGAACAAACCAAGCUCAUACACAACUGCUUGGCCACAAAGUUACAGGCAGUCCAUUGAUCUGUAUAGUAGCGUUCCAUCACCCGGCAUCGGUUUUCUGGGAACGUCUUCGCUGUCAAGAUUCGGCAGUUCCUUUUUGUCGUCGUCGUUGGUAAGAAGGCACACACCGGAAACGCUACCUGGUGUCACAAAACCUCUGCUGCCAGAACAAGCAGAUGAACAACCACCUCCAAAACAAAGGCGCAGCUCCUACGGCCUCUUGCCACCGAUUCCAUCGAGGAGGUCUUCGAUGCGAAAGGAUGAGAAGCCAUCAAUGGUGUCUCACGAAAUGCCAAUCUCUCGCAAUAGCUCAUUCGGACAGGCUGUUAUGAAUGGAAUGAACGUUCUAUGUGGCGUUGGAAUACUUUCGACCCCUUAUGCUGCAAAAGAAGGAGGAUGGUUGGGGCUCCUCGUUUUGUUUGCAUUUGGAAUACUUUCCUUCUACACCGGAUUGCUUCUGCGUUACUGCCUCGACAGUGAGCCUGAGCUUGAGACUUACCCCGAUAUUGGCCAAGCUGCGUUUGGCACCACCGGCCGUAUCAUUGUCUCUAUUAUACUCUAUUUGGAGCUAUACGCAAGCUGUGUGGAAUACAUCAUUCUGGAGAGUGAUAAUUUAUCCUCACUGUUUCCAAAUGCUGGUUUAAGUAUUGGAGGGUAUCAGUUAGAUUCACACCAUCUAUUCGCAUUGAUAACAACCCUCUCUGUUCUCCCGACCGUUUGGCUCCGAGAUCUCAGUGUACUAAGCUACAUCUCAGCUGGAGGAGUCAUUGCAUCAGUGUUGGUGGUUCUAUGCUUGUUUUGGGUUGGUUUGGUUGAUGAUGUCGGAAUCCACAGCAAAGGGACAGUACUGAACUUGGGAACUCUACCUGUGGCCAUAGGGCUCUACGGUUUCUGUUAUUCAGGACAUGCUGUGUUUCCUAAUAUCUACACUUCGAUGGCAAAACCAUCUCAAUAUCCCGCCGUCCUCUUGACAUGCUUCGGUAUAUCUACUCUGAUGUAUGCCGGUGUGGCUUUCAUGGGAUACACGAUGUUUGGAGAAUCAACGCAGUCGCAGUUUACCCUCAACAUGCCUCAAGAUUUGGUAGCAUCUAAGAUCGCCGUCUGGACUACGGUAGUUAAUCCAUUCACCAAAUAUGCUUUGACGUUAUCGCCGGUAGCAAUGAGUCUUGAGGAGUUGAUACCAUCAAGUCAUUCAAAGUCACAUUUGUACGCUAUCGGCAUCAGAACCUUGCUUGUCGUCUCUACUUUGUUCGUCGGUCUCUCCAUUCCCUUCUUUGGUCUCGUGAUGUCUCUGAUCGGAUCAUUCCUGACAAUGCUCAUUACUCUGAUACUUCCGCCUGCUUGUUUCUUGAGCAUCCUGGGGAGAAAAGUGACGCCUUUGCAGGUGAUGGUUUGUAUUCUAAUCAUCAUAGUGGGCGGCGUAUCUUCCACCAUUGGAACAUAUUCAGCGCUCUCAAAGAUCAUCGACCAGUUGAGCCACUGAUAAUUAACAUUUUCUUCCCCCUUUCAUAUUUUCAUUCCUCCACAGAAAACACUUCCAAGUUUUUUGUCUUUCGCUCCACACUGUUUCCCAAUUUUGUUACAUGUCAAACACCACUCACCCCAAGUAAACUUGGGAAUAAGAUGAUGAAAUUGUUACGUAUGUCAAACUCGGCCGACUCCAAGUAAACAUGGGAUUAAGGCAAUGACGAUGUUGAUGUCUUUUUGUUUUUUCAGAUUUCUUUGGUUGGUGUCCA